AUGGUCAUCAAGUCGAGGUUAGGCUACGUGCAAUUCGACAUCGACGAGGACGACAACUUCGGCAAGACGGGCCGCGUCGCGCGCAAGAAGAAGGAGUCCCGCCGUGCCGACCGCAAGCACCUCACGGGCAACGCCGCCCGCGAGCUCUUCCUCGAGUGCCUGCAGCUGCUGCUGCGCAAGCAGGUGCUCUGGCUCAUCGACUACGUGCCCAAGGAGUGGCGGGACCGGUUGCCGGGCUGGGCCCAUCACUCGCUUCUGACGAGCUGA